GAGACACACGUUUUUAAUUCGUCAACGUCUCCACUUUGAUCUUUCUUUUGGAGUAAUUCUUAGAAUAAUUUCAUAGUUCUCGCGAAAGUGUAUCCGGAAGUCGAGUCAGGAGUUUCCGACGAUCACUACGCUUUUCAUCCAACUUUGUAAAUCGGUUUUAUCGUGCACCAAAAAUUGACUAGUUCCCUGUUCUAAAUAUAUUCAACAUGAUGGGGGAUAUCAAGGAGCGAAUGGAUGACCCAGGAAAGUUUCGACAAUUUGUAGCAGCGAUGGUUGUGAAUUUAGCAGCUAUGACAUAUGGGUCAAUGAUCGGUUGGCAAUCACCAAUGUCACCACAAUUACAAAGUGAAAACCCACCAGUUGGAACAAUAGCAAUGACAAACGAUGAAGUUUCUUGGCUGAGUGGAAUUAUGUGUUUAGGAGGAAUUAUAACAACUCCAAUGAUGGGUCCAUUAUCAGAGAAACUUGGACGCAAACUCACGGGUUGUCUCAUUGGCCUACCAUUCCUAAUUUGUUCCUUUUUAACGAUUUUUGCAACCGAACAAAUACAUAUCUUUAUUGCACGUUUUUUCGCCGGUAUCGGGGGUGCAGGUGCGCUCUUUUUAGUUCCACUCUACGUUUCCGAAAUUUCUUGUGACUCGAUACGUGGUAUGCUGGGUAGUUUGGUUGUUUUAGUAGUGAACUUCGGAAUACUGAUAACUUACAUAUUAGGUGGAUUCUUAUCUUACAAUAUCUGUAAUAUUUGUAUCGCUGUGCUACCUGUGAUCUAUCUAGGAAGUUUUCUUUUCCUACCAGAGACACCUGUUUAUUUAAUUCGUCGCAAUCGACUUCGUGAGGCUGAUAGGUCUUUGAUGUGGCUGAGGGCGGGACACCAAUUGACGGUGGAGAGAGAGCUGUUACGUUUGCAGAUCGCUGCGAAGGAAGCCGCAACAUUAUCUAGAUCUAUUGGUUUGAAGGAUCUCUUCAGGAAUAAAGGAACAAUCAAAGGAUUAGUGAUUGGACUAGGCAUCUUCGCUGGUCAACAACUUUGUGGUAUAUUUGCUAUGACAAGCUAUACCGAGACGAUUUUUCGUAUAUCAGGCAGUUCGUUAUCACCGAACACAGCUGUGAUCAUCGUAGGUGCCAUACAAGUUGCAGGAUCUUAUCUAUCAACUUCACUGAUGGAACGAACCGGUAGAAGACCUCUUCUAUUAAUAUCCUGUCUGGGGAUGUGUAUUUGCCAUUACAUACUCGGUAUUUUCUGCUAUCUUCAAGAACUAAAUUAUGACGUUUCUACGUUUGGUUGGAUACCUGUGAUAGCUUUAUCGGCUUACAUGAUCACCUAUUGUUUGGGUUUGGGUCCUGGACCCUACGUUAUUUGCUCUGAAAUAUUUGAUCAGGACCUCUCCAGUUUGGCAAUUACAGUAGCUCUCUUCUUUACUUGGGUUGUUGCUUUCAUAGUAGUGAAGUUCUUUGCAAAUGUCGUAGAUCUAUUUGGCAUGUACGGAUGUUUCUUUAUUUUGGGCACUUCCUGUAUUUCAACUUUUAUCUUCAUUUACAUUUUGGUGCCGGAAACGAAGGGAAGGUCGCGAGAAGAUAUUUUAAAUGAAUUAAAUGGUGGAGAUUCUUGGGCUUCGACAAUCGCUGACGUCAAGAUUUCAUCAACAGAUGCAUGACGUUCGUUAAAGAUUGCUAUUAUUGAAAAGAACAUGGACGUUUUCGUAAAUGAAACGAAUCUUCGAAAUUCCUUGGAUAAUAAUGAGUAAAGAUCAUCGAGAAAGUGAAAAUUGAUUUGUUGGCUGUGCAAUGAGUGCUUCAUUAAUUGUUAUGUAUGAAGUGUACUGAUCGGCUGGACCGAUAUUUAUGAAUCAAUUUUUUGAACUCUGUACAAAGAAUAUUUUACUCUUAAAGAAGUAUAUAUAUAAAUAUAUAUAUAUAUGUAUAUAUAUAUAAAACGAUAAUAUUUUACAUCAAUAAUAUAAGUAUAGAUUAUAUAGGAUAAGUAAAAUGUGAUUGAAGGAUAUCGAAAAAAGAAAUAUUCAUGUGGUAUUGACAAAUCACGUUAUAUUUGAAACGAUAUUGUAUUUUUCCUCAAUAGUAUUCGUUCUAAAACGUAUGAACACAGUGUUUAGAUGAAUGUUUUAAUGUUUUCCAUAAUAUGGUAAAAAAAUCUGCGAUAAUAAUUAUUACAAGUAUUUUAUAUUUGCAUCGAUCCAUUUUUUUAUCUUUACACUUUCUUUCUAUUUAUUAAUUAUAUAUCCGGAAAGAGUUUAAUAUACAUACAUACAUA